AUGACUUCAAUAGGCACGGGCUACGACCUGUCCAACUCGGUCUUCUCCCCCGAUGGUCGAAACUUCCAGGUCGAAUACGCGGUCAAGGCGGUCGAGAACGGUGGCACAGCGGUUGGCAUUAAGUGCAAGGAUGGCGUCGUACUCGCUCUCGAGAAGCUUGUCAGCAGCAAGCUCCUCAAGCCAGGCGCGAACAAGCGGAUAGCAACCGUGGACCGUAAUAUGGGCAUCGUAUCUUCUGGUCUCCUCCCCGACGGUCGCCACUUCGUCUCCCGCGCCCGCGAUGAAGCAGCUCAAUGGCGGCAGAUGUACAAGGCACCCAUUCCCUCUUCGUCUCUUGCCGACCGCAUGGGAAGCUAUGCCCAAGCAUAUACUCUUUACUCCAGUGUCCGUCCAUUUGGUAUAACCGCCAUCCUUGCAGGCUGGGAUUCUGAGGCAGAGCUACCAGUAGACGGCCAAGUCGGUUCUGGGCCUGCUGUUGGUUCGGGAGGCAAGAAGGAGGGUGCGAAGCACGGUGGGCCAUCACUCUACAUGAUCGAGCCCAGCGGUCUAUAUUGGGGUUACUACGGUGCGGCUACAGGCAAGGGCCGCCAGGUCGCCAAGUCGGAGCUCGAGAAGCUCAACCUCGCUGAAGGACAGCUAUCACUGGAGGAGGGUGUCAAGGAGGCAGCACGCAUCAUCUACGUCGCGCACGAUGACAACAAGGACAAGGAGUUUGAGCUUGAGAUGACAUGGAUCAGCAGUCUCGACGGUCCUACCAAGGGCAGGCACGAAGAAGUACCCAAAGACAUCCGGGAAGAGGCUGAGAAGUUAGCAAAGAAGGCACUAGAGGGAGACGAUGAUGAUGACGAGGACGAGGAGAAGAUGGAGGAGUAG